UUUGUUUUAAAUCCUACAUAGACAUCUCAAUAAUUUAUAUCUUCAGCCUUUAUAUAUUGCAAUUUACAAAUUACCGAGUAAAGAUAACUUUUACUUUUCACUUUACAAGGGAGAAUCUAGGGUUAUGAAAACACGGCGGAAACACGCCGCUGAGGACGUUCUAACGAUAUCCCGACGCAGUACACAGUCUCCUCCGGUCUCGAUUGGAAACUCAGAGACGAUCCCAACUGAUCUCAUAUUCGAAAUCUUCUCGAGAUUACCGGCGAAGUCGAUAGCGCAAUGUCGCCGUGUGUCCAAGUUUUGGAACUCCUUACUCCGCAGUUCAGAUUUCACGGAGCUUUUCAUCACCAGGUCUCUUGCUCUUCGUCCACAACUCUUACUCUCUUGCGAACAAAACGAUGAGUUGUUCUUAUUCUCGAUACCCCAGGUCCAAAAUCAAGAUGUUGUAUCCGCCAAUUAUCAUACGAGGUUCCCCUGUGAAUAUUCCUCUAAAAUUACCGGUCCACUCCGCGGUUUAGUCUGUAUUACACAUCCUAGGAAGUAUAAGAAAAUGGCGCAGGUGAUUUGUAACCCUAGCACAGGUCAAUCUUUACGUUUACCCAACCUGAAGACCAGGGAUCUUCUCGUGAAAACUUUUCUUGGGUUUGAUCCAAUUGGUAAACAAUUCAAGUUAUUGUCCAUGACCGCUAGGGAUCGUGAAAAUUCUGAAGAGCCUCAAGUUCUGACUUUAGGGCUUCGGAACCUUGCUUGGAGAAAAAUCGAAUGUUCUAUAUCGCAUCUUUAUCUCCAAAUUGAUUGGAUAUGCGUCAAUGGUGUUAUAUAUUAUGUAGCUGUGCUCAAUGGGCCUCCAAGGGGUAUGAAAAUAGUUUGCUUUGAUGUUAGGUCUGAAAAGUUUAGCUUUAUUAAUAAAGCUAAGGAUAUGGCACUAUGUAGUCGAUCAGCUAUUGUAAACUACAAGGGUGCUUUAGGCGCUCUUUUGUCUAAAGGGUUUACAGAAGUUACCGGAGAAACUAAAUGUUUGGAGCUGUGGGUUUUAGUAGAUGCUGAUCAGCAUGAAUGGUCGAAGCAUAUAUCCAUUUCACUGCCCCCGAUGUGGAAUAAUAUAGUUGCAGAGGCCAUGUUAUUCUUUGUUGGAGUGACUGGUACAGAUGAAAUCGUGUUGUCGCCACGCUAUUUAUCUGAGCCUUAUCGUUUCUAUGUGUACUACUACAACAUCGAGAGCAAUACAAUCAGAAGAGUUGAAAUCCAAGGAAUGGAUGCGUUUAGGCAUUGUAAAGUUCACCUCUCUCUAAACCAUGUUGAGGACGUGAAGCUUUUGCAAUAUAUUUAGGAAUUUAUCACUCUAGCUUUUUAACAUAUCAUAUGGUUCUUUUUUUUUGUUUGUGUGAUGGUGGUGAAAUAUCAAAAUCUGUGUUUACAAUUUAGCCUUUUUGAAAUCUUCUCUUGACCACUUUGUGGGUUAUGUGUUUAUGUGUUCUGUGUUAAUCAUCCACUGGUAAAAGACAACGUUACACUACGCCAAAAUCUGUUUUACCUGACAAAUGGAUUGUGCUUCUCUAUC